AUGAAGUUCUUACUCCCAUCUAGGUCCGCCGUUCUACCCGCCCUCGUUGUAUCCUCCCAAUUGACAGCAACAUCUCUUAUCAUCGCCGAUAUCCAAGCGCGAAUAUUUUCCAUACAGGAACUUCGACAUAAAAGUCACGAAUCGGGCGAUGCAACGGGGACUACUAACACCAUUGACCAGUCCCUGAUGGCUCUUGACGCAAAACUAGAGGCUGUGUCCAAGGAAAUGAAGUUCAUCGGAGAUGCUAUGGUACCGCUUCUUCAAGUUUCUUCCACGCCGACAUUUUCAGAGAACGGAGAGGCUAGUGAAAGUGCUAUGAUAAUUCGGAAGCAUGCCACGCUGGUCGCGGACUGGGAGAAUGUUCAAAAUGAAAGUGAUACGCUGCGGGAGGAACUCAAGGAAGACAAAUGGCUAACAGUGUUCAGAACAGUCACGGAUCAGGCGGAUGGCAUGAUGUCUAGUCUUGAAAAGGCUGUUAACCGGUGUCAGGACUUCAUCUGGAAAGUCUAUAGAAGAGAUGAUCUGGUUUCACACUUUGAAUUACCACUAUCUUCCUCCAAUGGAAAAGACAGCACACCUCCCAACCUUGAAGUCUUCAGUUCACUUCUUGAUUCCUUUGAAGCGAAAAAGAAGCACUAUAUGCCCGCUACAUCCAAAGUCCUUUCCAUCAUCGAUAAAGGUGUAAGGGAUAGGGUUACGAAGAACGGAGAAACCUUGCGGAGACACUCAGAGUCUGCCCAACGAUGGCGUAAUCUCCGUGAAAGGAUAACUCGAACAGAUGCUGAGAUGGAGGCCGUGCGAAAACUUCUUUUGUCUGGAGACGCUUUCAGCGAGGGCGGGUCAAGUCAUUCUGGGACACCGUCAUCGUCGCAAAAUGGCUAUUUGAUGACUCCUCCCAGUGGUUCUCGCUCAUCAAGAGCACCCAGUGCAACCAGUACAUUAUCACGCUCUAUAUCCCCUUUGAGGAAGUUUGCUCGCAAGAUCACACGCUCGUCCCGUCAGUCGCAGCCGCCUGCUCCAGUCACUCCAGUCACACCGCUAAGGCGGAAUGGAGCCCGCACUCCCGCCUCGGAACCUGUACUCAGCCAGGCUUCACGACAACAGAGGACGAAUCUUUUCUCUUCAGUUCGAGGUGGCCAGCUAUCCACUUCCAUCACACCGGAGCGCCCAGGACAUAAGUAUAGUCAAAGCUUGACACCGGAUCCUUCUCCUAGGAAUCCUAACAAGACAGAGACUAUCGGACGAAAGGGUGCAGGCAAGGCGCCAUGGAAUAGCUCCACGAAAGUUGUCGUUGAAGAACGGAUGCUGGCGGUGAAAGGAACACCGACCAAACGUACGCCGUCCGCGAUGGGUAUAUAUAACGAUCUGCCUCCAAUUCCUACUCCUAGCAAGCGCAGUGUAUCGCGGGCGUCGAUGGCAUCGUCGCGUCCGUGGUCUCCUUUGACAUCUUCUGUGUCAACCUCACAGUCAUCUAAUCAUCCUCCAAUGCCAACUUUCAGACCGCCUUCGCGCGCACAGACUCCCUCUCGGGCAUUCACACCUGGUCCCGCGCCGCCAACUCCACGACCACGACCAAGAACACCAAGCCACAUACCAGCACCGUCUCAUAAACUGCAGAGCUUUGGCUUAGAUGGUGCAUGGGAUGACAACGAUAGUAAUACUACAUUGGUGCAAAGAGCAAUAUCCCCUUCAACCGUGCCGAGUUCCUCGGUAAAUUCUGUCCACCCCCCUAGGCCCCCCAGCCGUUCUAUGAUUCCGCUUCCUACUGUACAUUUAUCAUCGCCAACGCGGCCGUCGACAUCGCUUUCGAGCUAUGGACGCGAGAGUCCAACGGGGACGUUCCGGGCUGCCGCUACUCGUGCGCAGACGCCGGAGUCUACCUUGCGCUCUCGAGUAAUGAAUAUUCCGAUCUACCACGGCACGAUGACUGCACGAACUCCGCGGCCUCGUGCUCCUUCGCGCUCUGGCUCGCGUGCUGGGGCAUAUACACCAGGAAUGGACAAUCCCAUCCAUGAGUAUGUGCCUGGAAACCCGAAAGACCCGCUCGAUGUUGAGGUCGGGAUAAUUGUUAAUUCGAUACCGCAUGGAUUGCUCGUGGAGAGAGUCGACCCUCCCUUGAAGAAGAUUCCCAAGGAUGGAGAGGAGGUCAAAGCUCAGUAUUCUUUCUCCAACGCACUCAGCAAGAAAGUUGUAACGUGUCGACUGACGACAUUGACGAGGCUUGGGAAAGGUACUUCCGAUACGACGAAGAAGGUAAUGUGUCGCGUUGGAGGAGGCUGGCAAGACCUCAGUCACUACAUUUUAAAUCGUCAGGCUGGAAUGUAA